UGGAUUCAUGAAACAAUCUCGUCAUUAAAGUGGUGAACAAUAUAGAUGAACAUUGUAAAAUGGUGAAAAUUCGAAUAUUAGUUCUUAUAUGUUUUUCGAAAUUAGUUCUGAGCGACAAUAGUGUUAGUUCUAAUGAUGUGGAAAGUAUAGAUGGGGUUCCCAUGAAACAGGAAGUUCUAGGAGCAAUUGGAGAGGAAAAUACGAAUCUAUUUCCCAAUGAAAAUGGAGGCAUACCAGAUAACAACUAUGUUCCUCUACCAAAGCCAGGAGCUUCUAUAACUUACCAUAGAUCUUCUGGAAAAUAUAUAACCUACUAUGAUAACGAUUACGAUCCGAUGAUUUCAAACGUUGCACCUCCACCAACUGACCAAAGGGGUGGAAGUGGUCUACCCUACACAAUCACAGAAGACAGACUAGACUACAUACGUUCCCUCUUCAUGUAUCCAUUCUACAACCAGGGAGGUGGAGGGGAUAACGACGGCGACUACCAGAAGCAAAUCCAGGCAUCCACCACCAUAGUUCACAAAAACCUCAAUUUCCAACUACCCUUCUUCGGGUUCAGAUACAAUUACACUCGAGUCUCCCUGAAUGGUUACUUGGAAUUCAGUGAUCCACCACCUACCUACGAUAAGUACCCUCUGACCUUUCCUGUGCCAGGCUGGCCCAAAGUGAAUGAUCCAGCUUUCAUUGGAAUCUUCUACAGCAAGUGCAGGAUGGGAAAGCUGAGAGCUGAAGAUUACGACAAGAGGAACCCUGGAGUGUAUUUCAGACUGGAAAGGGAUCUCAGGGACAGAAAAGACCAGAUGGGUGUAGAAAUAAGAGAAAGAGUCAAGUGGGAUAUAAGGCAAGGGGUUAUAGGUACUGAUAGUUUUGAUCCUAAGCAUGCUAUCAUUGUUACCUGGAAGAAUGUGUCGUUUGCUGGAGGUAUAUCUGACAGUUUGAUGAGGACCAAUACUUUCCAAAUGGUUCUGGUAACAGACGAGGUCUUCACAUAUGCCAUCUUCAACUACUUGAAUCUUGCUUGGACAACACACACCGAAGCAAGAGGUGAUACCACAUCUGGAGAGGGUGGUACCCCUGCUUUCGUUGGGUUCAACGGAGGUAACGGAACCAGGAAGUAUGAAUACAAGCCCUACAGUCAAGAUAUGGUUAUAAGGGAUCUUACAUCUACUGGUUUUGCCAACGGUUUUCCAGGACGUCAUAUAUUCAGGAUAGAUGAGAAUAUCUUGUUGGGCACUUGCAACAAGGACAUUGAUGCUGGCCGUUUGGAUCUCAUGUUUGCACCAGAGAGCGGUAACAUGCUUGGAGGAACAAUCGUUAACAUCACAGGACCUUGCUUUGAACCAAAGGAAAAAAUUACCUGCAUCUUCGAUAUUGCUCCACCUGUUGUUGGUGUUGUUGUGAACAAGAAUCGAGCCAUCUGUAUCCAACCACCAUUGAUGGCUGAAGGUUGGGUUAGGUUUGAGAUUGCUGUUGGAAACGAAAGAUUCAAGUGGAAGGGAAGAUAUUUUGUAGAAACACCUUCAAUGGCUGCCCAGAAGAUAUUUUUUUCGGACAUGACAUACCAUGACAAAUCACCAGCCGAGAUAAAGAUAUCUUGGGAAAACAAAAAUUUAACAUCAAACGCAAAUGCCAACAUCAGGAUAUCUUUGUGGGGUUACAGAGAGACCCUUGUGUCACCCCAGUUUGUCUACAUCACGGAGCUAGCAACCAACGUUCAAAAUAUUGGGGAGUAUGUCAUUGUCCCCUCCCAGUAUAGGUUAAACGACAACAGGUUUCAACAAGAUAUUACACUGGGGUUCAUUCAGAUCAAUCUCACGGAAUCCAUACCCGUGGAAAACACUACUGUUAAAAUAACACCUCUUAUAUGGAGUAGGCCGAUUCCUCUUGCUUGGUACUUCGGACCUCAAUGGCAGAGAGUAUAUGGAGACGAUUGGGCAACUGUUCUUUGCGACAAUUGGAUAAAAGAUGAUAGAUAUCUAAGCAACUUUGCCCAUGAAUUGCCACAAUGUCCCUGCACUUUGCAACAGGCUUUGGUGGAUAAAGGAAGAUAUAUGCCUGAUUUUGACUGUGAUAGAGAUUCAAAUCCAUUAUGUUACUAUCAAGAAAAUGCCAUCCACUGUGUUCGUUCAGGAUUACCAACAAAUGAAGGAGGCGAACAACAAUGCUGCUACGACAAAAACAAUUUCCUGAUGUUAUCUUACGAUCAGAUUGGAGGAUCAAACCCAAGAAGAUCUCACAAUUUAGGACUGAACCCUUACACAGAAUCCACCAAAGUUCCUUCUCUCUCCCAGUGGUACCACGAUGUGAUCCCAAAAUUCGUUUGUUGCCGUUGGCAAGAUAGCCAAGCCGUGGGAUGUGAAACUUUCAAAUUUGAAAGGAGGCCAACCUCAGACUGUACAGCUUACCAAGGCCCUGCAGUAGCUGGAGUAUAUGGAGAUCCUCACAUCGUGACAUUCGAUGGGUUAGAAUACACAUUCAACGGAAAAGGGCAAUUUGUUCUUGUAAAGACCAACGUGGCUUCACAGAGAUUGGAGGUCCAUGCAAGAUUCGAGCAGAUGCCUCCCAAUAAGUUCAACGAGGUGAAAGCUACUCAACUCACCUCUAUAGCUGUGAGAGGGAAUGCCUCAACUAUCAUUGAAGUACGGUUGAGGCCUAAAGAAGCUAGGUGGAGGUAUAGGUUAGACGUUAUUGCCAAUAAGGAGAAGAGGCUGUUCUUCGAUAGGCCGUCCUUGAAAUUCCAACAUUUCUCAGGUCUAACGGUCUACACACCAACUUAUAAUCUUAAUCAAUCCGAAGUAAUCAUUAUGUUGGACUCUGGAGCAGGUGUUGAAGUUGUUGAAAGCAUGGGUUUCAUGAGCGCCAGAGUGUAUUUACCAUGGACUUUUAUAAACAAAACUCUCGGACUUUUCGGCAACUGGAGCUUCGAUAUAACGGAUGAUUUCACUAAGCCAGAUGGUACAAAGAACCCCAUCACAGUCAACAUCAACGACAUGCAGAACGUUUAUGAUAAUUUUGGCAAGCUAUGGAUGAUAGACGAUUCUGAAGACCCCACAAUAGGACAAUCUCUCUUCCUCAAUGAAUACGAUCGUACUGCUGCCUUCUACAACGACCUGGACUUCGUUCCAGAGUUCAGGAUGAACAUAAAAGAUCUCAUACCGACCAAUAUCUCGGAUUAUUACAUACCACUAGCCUAUCAGGCUUGUUCCAAUAAGGAUUACCAAUGUUUAUACGAUUACGCAAUGACUCUCGACAAGGACUGCGCGUUCUUCACCACCAUCUUCAAAUCUGGAUUGAAAGAAAUCAGGGAAGCUAGCAAAGAGAGGACCAUAUCUUGCGGUAUCCUAGAGACACCUAGAUUUGGCUGGAAGUCAAACUUUUUCUUCACACCUGGUAGCAAAGUCAGUUUCGAGUGUGCUCAAGACUUCGUUUUGGAUGGAGAUCCUAGGAGAGAAUGUAUGUUGAAUGGUGAAUGGAACGUACCAGUCUAUGGAUACACGGAAUGUUUACGUGCUGAAGAGUAUUCCUUGAGGCAUGCCGCAGCCACAGCAGGGUUGAUCCUUAUAUUCAUUUUACCUGUAGUUUUCGUUGUACUUUUCGCAAUCAGAAGAUAUUACCAUAACUACCAUAAAAAACCUAUUCCUGAACUUGGCCCGAAGAAUCUCUCCUUGGUUAGAGCUAAAAGUCGCUCAAUGAUGAGUCUGGCAAGUGUGGGCAACUUGAGUCCUACGAAAGAUGGCGAAUUCUCUCCGGUCUCAAGCCCUACGUUUAGUGGUUCUACCGGAACCUUGAACUCUAAGAGGCGGAGGUCGUACGAUAAGGUUUAUAGAACGCAUGAACCUUUACCAGGUGCGCCAGAUAUUGAGUUUGAGGAUAAACCUUUCGAUGUUGAAUUGGAAGAGAGUCCAGUGGAAAGUCCGAAGUUCCAACAUGGUGGAUAUCUGUUUGAUUCUGAAGGGUAUGCUCAGCUGCAAAAACCAAGACCACAAACGACUAGUACUAUAGUGUCAGACGUUUGAAGUGAACUCAAUACUUUUGAUUCUACCACUUGACGACAUUCCAAACUUUAGUUUUUUAUUCUCCAGAGUUCAAGGACUGAAUCUUCAUCUCUAGUUUCUAGUUUCGUUAACAACUCUCAAGAUGUUUUCUGUACCUUAUGUAGAAAAUUUCAAGUACUUACAAUUACAUGUGUCCAAGGAGUGAUAUAUCCUGGAAUUUGAGUUCUUAAUGUAGGUACUUGAAUUGCACACCAUCAUCCAAUCUCUUAGUAAUGUUUCCCCAAAAGUUCAAUUCUUCGCUCUCUACAGAAAGUAAAUUAUCUUAAGAAGAAUCUUUUCGAUUCCAAUGUUGAACCCAUAAGUAAUUCCACUCUUGCAGACCAAUCAUAGCACAUCAUUCUUCAGGCCAAGUUCAAAUUGGGAAACAUUUUCGUUGUAUAAAAUAUAGUGCGAAUUUUUUGUGGAAUAGUCUGUCACCAUUUAAUAAUAGUUAUAUUUUGUACUUCUUUGAUAAAGUAAAUAAAGAAUAUAAAAGAA